AUGCAUAAACAUAAAAUCAAGGGCAUAUAUCACCUCAUCCUCACUGAAGCCUUGUCCACUCUUCGGAGUAAACAUCAUCUCGCCAGUUGCAAGUUCGAAAGCCGUGCAAGCAAAGGACCACAUAUCAGCAGGAAAAGAAUAACCGGAAUUAAGGAUAACUUCUGGAGCCCUGUAUUGCCUCCAAUCGGCCGAUCUGCCCAACACGCAUUCCCAAAAUCCACAACCUUACAUUUCAAGUCAAUCCCAUCCAAACACCGAGAAGGCUUUGGAACCACACCUACCCCUCCCACAGAAGCCCGCCUUUCUGAUAUCCUUGCAACUGCUCUUCUCGCCCUUUGUUUUAGUUUUUUCUCGAUACUAUUCGUUGUAAUUCCACCAUUCGGGCUUCCCUCGGGCCUUUCGAGCACGGGGUUCAUCCCAGACCUAAUUGGGUCCUUUGAAGGAUUAAUUGUGGAACAUAGGAGAAUGUUUUCAGGUUUUAGAUCGCCAAACUGUAGAGAACUGACCCCAGCCCAGCUUCUGCUGAGCGAUAUACCGACCGCCGGCGAACGAGUCGCCGAUCCUCACGGCGUGGUAUCCUCCUUUCCUGUACGAGUCGAUCCCUUCAUCCUCGUCCUCCGAUCCCGACGACGACGACGGGCACCCAGACAUGAUCGCAACACAAAUCGAUGA